UAUCAUUGUAUAAGGGUGGAAUACUUUAUUUGAAAACACUAAGUUUACUCUUAGAUUAGGAAGUAUUAUAAUGUAAAGAUCAUUAAAAUUGUUGUUUAGUGGAAAAAUGUAUAAUUUUUAAAAAAUUUUGUGCCGUAAGCCAGAAAUUAACAGAUGUUUGAUAACAAGUUUUAUCAAUUAUCAUAAAAAUUAAUUGUAUAAAUGUUCAAGAACUCUUGAAAGUUGAAAUAAGAAAAAGCCAUACAUUUUUACUAGUUAUUUAUUUGUCAUAGAUAUUAAAGAAAAAUACUUAUUCCGAUCAAAAUGUCUGCUAUUAAGUUUGGUAGUCAUAUAAAAGAGUUGCGCUUGCAUUUAUGUCAAUCAUCAGCCUCCAGUAAAGGAGUUAGACAAUUUAUUGAAAAAUACUACGUUCCUUUAAAAAAAGCAAAUCCUACUUUCCCUAUCUUGGUGCGGGAAUGUAGUGGAAUUGAACCGAAAGUCUUUGCUCGAUUUGAUUUUGGAAAAGAAAAAUGUGAACAACUUUCUGAUCAGUCUGCUGAAAGUAUUCUAAAGAAAAUAGAAGGAUUUGUUAAAAAAUAAUGAUUAGAAAGUUUUAAAAUAAUCAAUUUAUUGUAAAUAAAUACCAUCAAAUAGCCUAGUUAUGUAAACUUGUUCAAUUACAUAUAUAAAUUAGUGUAAUAUUUUAUUGUUAAUUAAUAAAUAUAUUCAUUCUUUUUCUUCAUAUAUGAUUAAAAGUUUUGAAAAAUAAAAUGAUAAUUUUUUCUAUAGUAAUACUUUUAUUUUAAAUUACUAAAAUGUAAUAUUUUUUUUUGAAUUACAUUGUUUUUUAAUCUGUAGCUAAUAAUAGUAUAAAAUAAUAAAUUUGAUAUUCAAAGCUA